ACACACACACACACCAGCAUCGGUAGAUCUCAAGUUUAUAAGGGUAGGCCACAAAAAACAAAGAAGUAGAAGAACAUGUACAGUCAUGCUGUUUAUAUAAUUUUUUUAAAUUCUUUUUUGGGGGGUAUUUGUUUAUUUUUGAGAGAGAGAGAGCACGAGCAGAGGAGGGGCAGAGAGGGAGACACAGAAUCCGAAGUAGGCUCCAGGCUCCUAGCUGUCAGCACAGAGCCUGACUUGGGGCUUGAACCCACGAACUGUGAGAUCAUGACCUGAGCCUAAGUUGGACGCUCUACCGACUGAGCCACUCAGGCUCCCCAUAUAAAUUUUAAAGUCAUGCAAAAACACUCAGACAUUCCUAAUGCGAGUAAAUUGGUACAGUGUUUAUUAAAGUUAACCCACCAAUUCAACUUCUAGGAAUUUAUCUUAUAGAUACACUCCUAUGUGAAAUAAUGAGUUAUUCAUUGAUAUAUUGUUUAUAGAUACAAGAGGUUGAAAGUAACUUUUCUAAUAGGAUAGUAGUUAAAUUAUGGUCAGCUGUGCAGUGAUACAUCCUGCAAACGUUAAAAACAAAAGUAGGAGACUUUAUAUAAUUUCGGGAACAAUUUCUAAGGUGUAUUUUUAGGGGGAGAAAUACGGCUAGUCAAACAAAUGUGUAUAGUAUACCUACCAUUUGUGUAUAAAAAAACAGGAGCCAAAAGGUAUUUAAGUGUAACUACUUGCAUAUGUGUGGAGUGUUCCUUUAAAGAUACACGUAAAACAGUUACAUUAGUUGGUCAGUUACAUUAUAUUAGAUACACAUAAAACAGCUACAUUAGGUAGCAGGGGGACAUUUCACUGUAUAUCCUUUUGUAGUGUUUAAUGGUCUGGUGCAGGUAUUACGUUUUGAAAAGAAUGUAUAAAGUUUGUAGAAAUAAACAUAGGGAAAACAUUGUUAAAAUAUUGUUUAUGUGUUCCUGUAUGUGGAGCAGACAAACAUUCAAGGUAGUGGUUACCUCUGGGAAGGGGGAGAGGAGCAAGGGAUCUAGGAGGAGGCGUUCAGAGCUUCUCCUGCAUUUGCAUUUUUGCAGUGUUGUGUUGGCCGACUGGUGGUGGGUGGCACAUGGCGGACAUCUGGUUUGCCGUUUGGGAUGCUUGAAGUGUUUUGUUAAGAAAACCUACCUUUCUCACAUUUCCACCUUUUAAAACUCACUCCUCUCUAGGAUUAUUUCCCUUCUGCUUUAAGAUACGAGAUUUUCUGACUCUUAGAAUUUUAGAGUUGGUAGCUAAUCGUUGACGAAUCUGCUGUUCGUGUGAGGGAGAUGUGAAUUCUGGGAGCCUGUGCUGUGAGUGGCCUACAAGCCUUCCAUGGCAGAAAUACCCGUUUCCAUUUUGUUCAAAAACGGUAUCUUAGCACUACUGGAAAGCAGUGACAGUCUCAAGAGCAAAUUUUGAGCUUUGGGAGGGGUGUGUGGUUGACUUGAUGCCUAUUUUGCCGACAAUAGGGUCCGCUUGUUACUGUUGACUGACUGUGUAGCAGCAGUUAAUUUGGCUGCAACUGAGUUUAGUCAAUGCAGAAUCUUUUGCUUAGUUUUGAGAAAGCAGUUCAGAGUUUGAUACCGUGCCAAACCUUUUUCCCAGUUCUGCAGAGAUAGAUGGUAGAAUACGUAGGUCUUAAGACUCGGAGUCAGAAGACCUAUCCCAACUUGAUCAUAUAAUAGCUUUACUUCAUCGAAUUACAUAAUCGCUCAGAGCCUCCUAAUUACCUGUAUCAUAGGUUUGUUGUGAGGCUCAAAUGUGAUAAUGUGUUUUUUUCCUAAGCUGUUAUAUACUAUAUUUUCAAAAGUUUUAUGCUACUGAAGUUCUAAUAUUGAAGUUUGUUGGUAAUUGGGUUCAAGGCAAAUAUUUGUUCCCAUAAUUAAGGAAAAGAACAGAUUACCGUAUCAUAGCUUUAAAUUACCAAGCUUUUGCUGGGAAGAAAGAGGAAGAAAGACAAUAUUCAGAAGGGCUAUUGCCUACCCUAAAAGAGAAAAUAUUUGAGUCAUCAGUGUUGGGACAUUAUUUGAAAACCUCAGAGGGAAAAGCCUGUAUCCAAAGAAGACAGAUUAAAAAUGUUUAACUGGUUUCUCUACCCGGUGCUUCAGAGCCAUUAUUGUGUUAAUAUUCAUAGUGCUUUCCCAAAAGGGAGAACAUACAUCCUGUCCCAAAUGUGUCUUCUGUCCUAGUAUAUUGUAGGGCAUACUUCAUAAAAUUCAUUGUGAUAAUUUUAGUUUUAUGAUUUUUCUAGCCUAUAGAAAAUUCAAAUUCCCAAAUUAGAACAUUGGAGAGGGGGCUGUAAGAGUUGACUCCUGAUAGGCUGUGAAGGGGAGGACACAACUUCAAAAUGCAGAAAACCAUGGAGCUGGAACAAAUAGCCUAGGAGUAAGAAGUCCUAUCCUGCUAACUCCCACAGAUGUCACUGUGUGAAGGCACAGAGGAGUAAAUGACGCUCAUACAAGUUGGCAAACAUGAAUUGACUGGGCACAAAGUUGCUGUGAAGAUACUCAAUCGACAGAAGAUUCGAAGCCUUGAUGUGGUAGGAAAAAUCCGCAGAGAAAUUCAGAACCUCAAGCUUUUCAGGCAUCCUCAUAUAAUUAAACUGUACCAGGUCAUCAGUACACCAUCUGAUAUUUUCAUGGUGAUGGAAUAUGUCUCAGGAGGAGAGCUAUUUGAUUAUAUCUGUAAAAAUGGAAGGAAAUCUGAUGUACCUGGAGUAGUAAGAACAGGCUCCAUGAAGGAGCUGGAUGAAAAAGAAAGUCGGCGUCUGUUUCAACAAAUCCUUUCUGGUGUGGAUUACUGUCACAGGCAUAUGGUGGUCCAUAGAGAUUUGAAACCUGAAAAUGUCCUGCUUGAUGCACACAUGAAUGCAAAGAUAGCUGAUUUUGGUCUUUCAAACAUGAUGUCAGAUGGUGAAUUUUUAAGAACAAGCUGUGGCUCACCCAACUAUGCUGCACCAGAAGUAAUUUCAGGAAGAUUGUAUGCAGGUCCAGAGGUAGACAUAUGGAGCAGUGGGGUUAUUCUCUAUGCUUUAUUAUGUGGAACCCUUCCGUUUGAUGAUGAUCAUGUGCCAACUCUUUUUAAGAAGAUAUGUGAUGGGAUUUUUUAUACCCCUCAGUAUUUAAAUCCAUCUGUGAUUAGCCUUUUGAAACAUAUGCUACAGGUGGAUCCCAUGAAGAGGGCCACAAUCAAAGAUAUCAGGGAGCAUGAAUGGUUUAAACAAGAUCUUCCAAAAUAUCUCUUUCCUGAGGAUCCAUCAUAUAGUUCAACCAUGAUUGAUGAUGAAGCCUUAAAAGAAGUGUGUGAAAAAUUUGAAUGCUCAGAAGAGGAGGUUCUCAGCUGCCUUUAUAAUAGAAAUCACCAGGACCCGUUGGCAGUUGCCUAUCACCUCAUAAUAGAUAACAGGAGGAUAAUGAAUGAGGCCAAAGAUUUUUACUUGGCAACAAGCCCACCUGAUUCUUUUCUCGAUGAUCAUCAUUUGACUCGGCCCCAUCCUGAAAGAGUACCAUUCUUGGUUGCUGAAACGCCAAGGGCACGCCACACCCUCGAUGAAUUAAACCCACAGAAAUCAAAACACCAAGGUGUAAGGAAAGCAAAAUGGCAUUUGGGAAUUAGAAGUCAAAGUCGACCGAAUGAUAUCAUGGCAGAAGUUUGUAGAGCAAUUAAACAACUGGAUUACGAAUGGAAGGUUGUAAACCCAUAUUAUUUGCGUGUUCGAAGGAAGAAUCCUGUAACAAGUACAUACUCCAAAAUGAGUCUACAGUUAUACCAAGUGGAUAGUAGAACGUACUUACUGGAUUUCCGUAGUAUUGAUGAUGAAAUUACUGAAGCCAAAUCAGGGACUGCUACUCCACAGAGAUCAGGAUCAGUUAGCAACUAUCGAUCUUGCCAAAGGAAUGAUUCAGAUGCUGAUGCUCAAGGAAAAUCCUCAGAAGCUUCACUUACCUCAUCUGUGACCUCACUUGACUCUUCUCCUGUUGACUUAACUCCAAGACCUGGAAGUCACACGAUAGAAUUUUUUGAAAUGUGUGCGAAUCUAAUUAAAAUUCUUGCACAGUAAACCUAAAACUUUGCUUAUUUCUUUGAUAGCAAUAAGCAUGCAUAAAAAAUCAUAGCCAAAUGCUUCCAUUUAUAAUCAAGUUAUACAUAAUUAUAACUGAGGAUUGGCCUUUUGGAAUGCAAUUUGCACAGGAAUUGGAACAUGAUUAAUAGUUAAAAGCCUAAUGUGCAAAAAUGAAUUAAGAUAAUUUUGUUCAUUGUUCAGUAGGCAUAUAGCAUAAUGUAAUUUUCACAAUGAAUUAUAGGUCUCUCAGGCUCACUUGAUUUUUGGCUGUUUUAUAUUUAAUGUAUACAGGGCUUUGUAGAAUAUUAGUUUACCAUAAAGGCCUUCAUGUAUUAUUACAAGUUGAUAUGUUCUAUAAUUGCUUCAUAAAUUUAUUCAAUAAAUAUUUGCCUAGAAUCCCCAGAGACCUUUAUAGGUGAUUUGUUUUGGGGGGAUCCUGAACUUCUUACAUAGCAGGUAUUUUCCAGUAGUGACAGGCUGGACAACUCUUCCAUAUCUCUUCCCUUAAUAUUCUUUAGUAUACGGUAAGCAUAUCAAAGAUUAAAUUAGACAUAAUUAAAAUCUUUUCUUUAGCUUGAUAAAUCCAAAAACACACAGAACUUACAUAUUCAGAUACUCUAGGCACUAAGUUAAAUCUUAAAAUUUGUCUCACUAUAUUCUGUACAUAAAUUUCUCUUUUUGUCCCAAGAGCUGAGUUGCAUAUGCUAUAAAUAAAUCAUGUUUUUGUCAAUCUCACAAAUUCCGCUGCUCAUGUCCGUCAGUAUUGAAUGUAUACAAAAAUUUCUAGUCAUUCAAUUAUGUAUCUUUUAAAUUGAUUUAGCACACAGAAUAUUUCCUACCAUUUAAAUGCUCAUAUAAGACUUUUUCUCCCAAAUUUUAUCGUGACCAUUUUUAAAAACAAAAAUAAAAAGGCUAUAGGGUGAUCACAUGUGUAUCUACCACUUAGAUUCAACACUGGUUAACAUUUUGCCACAUUUGCUUUAUAUCUAUGUAUGUAUAUAGACAUAGUGUACAUAUGUACGUGUAUAUAGAUAUAUAUGUUUUUUUCUCCUUGAACCGUUUGGAUGUUGCUGACAUACUUAUCACCCUCAACAUUUCAAGCAUCUCCUAAAAAAAAAUAUUUUCCUAAAAAAACAUAAUACUAUUAUCAGAUUAGUAAUUCCCUAAAGUCAUCUAAUCAUGCAUAUUUAGGUUUCCCCAGUUGUCUUCCAAAUUUCUUUUAUAGCUAUUUCAAACCAGGAUUCAGUGAAAAUUUAGACAUUGCCAGGUAUGACAUUAUUACUUCAAUAAAAUAAUGGAACGAAUCAGUUAGUGCUUCUAAAUGGUCACAUUUGUUUUAGAUUUUAAUCAUUUUUUAAAAAGUAGCAUUAUGGGAACUGCCUAAAGAUGCUUAAUUAAUCUUUGUAAGAUCUCUAUACUUUCUUUUCCUUGAUCCUUCCUUUUUCCUAGUAGCAUUCCAUAAUAGUUGUAAAUGAAGAUUUAAAGUCACUUCAGUUAAAAUUGGUGUCCUGUGUAUGCUAAUAAAAAAUAAAAAGUACUAUAUCACCCAUAAUUGCCUUAUACUAUUUUAACUUCAAGGUAUUGAUUUUCUUUGGUAUCAAUCAUUUUUCCAUUGCAGAAGAGCUAUCUUAUUUCUCAUUUAAUACUUUUGUAUUAUAGGACUAUUUUUGGCAAAUACAGUGAACACCUUUGUAACCAGACAGUAAUAUACUCAAGUGUCUUGAUAGCUUGCACAGUUAACUAUAGUUGUAGAUUUGGUUCCAGUACCCCUAGAAACAUGCAGUGAAUUCAAAAGAAAAAUCUUGCUUAUGUCCAGGACUUAUCUAUUCAACUUAGAAUCUGAAAGCUGUAUAAAAUAAUAGGAGUGCAACUUAAAUACUAAGUUCAAAACUGUAUAACUUGUAUGUGGCCCUGCAUUUUUGGGAUAUUGAUUUAAUGUAGGGUCUCUAAAUGCAGCAUUAUGUUCCUGAUGUUAAGAACAGAAGACUGUAUUUUUGAAAAGUUACAGAUUUGUACAUAGAACUAAGACAUUGUCAGAAUGUCUCUAUAAGCUGUUGUGGGGAGGUGGUGGGGCAGUGGGGGGGGGGAUUGAAAGGAGGAACCAAUUAAAUAGGACCUUCUAAAAUUGUUAAUUUUGUAAACUUUGCUGCUUGUUAAGUUAUUGUGAUUCCUUUUAGUUACUGAGUUUUAUUUUGAAGAUAUUUAAAUAUUGCACUUGUACAAAUAGUAUGAUAAACGCACAGAUUAUUGCAGCAGAUUCUUUUUUAAGCUGGGAUAUUUGAAAUGACAACUUUUGGUUGAAUAUGUCGAGGCUGCAUCAGAAUUUUCAAAAAUUUAUUGUAGUUUGCAAAUUCUUACUAACUGAAGAUGUAAGGGAGUCAAUGCAAAUGAUUUUUAAUCUUUUUUUAUUAUCUUUUCAGCAAUUUAUAUUUUUUGUGAUUUAUGCAACCAUAUUUUUACUUUGUCUUGACAACUGAAAGAUGUAUAAGGUUUUUGCCAGAAAUGUACUGUAUACAUAGUUUUAAAUAUAACAGAUUUUACUGAUAUGUAAAAAUUUUGCCAUUAAAAUAAAUGAUUUCUCACCAAGAGGAAAUUUUCUACCAGGUUGGGGGAUAUGGGAGCUUAAUAUAUCUAAUUUAAAAUAAUUUCACUGAAAUAAAUUCCAUUGCUUUUACUUUGA